AAUACAUCAAUGUCAUCAAUGGCGUUCGUGUAGUUGAUGCGCUGGUGUUGCUGCUACUUAUAAUUUUAAGUAUCAAGAAAAAUACGAAAGACUUGCGAUUUAUUCUAGCUGCAUUGUUAAAUUUUUGUGAACUAGACUUUGAUAAACGAUGUCUGCACCUCCUAAGUUCGCUGGCACGGGGCUGGAAGAAGUUAAUGUUCCUGGCCAAGCAUAUCUCCGAGACGCUCUCUCCUGCUGCGAUGAUCCACUUAAAGCCAUAGAAAACUUUCAAUUGGAGAACGGUAUUCUACUUCCGUCUCUGAGGCCGAUGCUACCUUUACUGGAUUUGCACGGUGUCCGACGACUAGAUUUUCAUACAUCAGUACUGGAAGAGCUGCGUGACAAACUAAUUGCACAUAUUAAUGAAGUCGGAGCAAAAGAAGGUCGCGAACGUGACCGCAAGCUCAAGGAGUUGCUGGUUAAAAGUUUCCCCGUAGUACGCGUGAAGGCACUGCGUCCGGUGGUGAUGUGUAUACUUAGAAACACCAGCCACAUCGAGGAUAAGUAUUUGAGAAUUCUAGUUCGAGAUCGAGAACUUUAUCAAGAUACAGAUACGGAAGUUAAGCGGCAAAUCUGGAGAGACAAUCAAUCGCUUUUCGGCGAUGAAGUAUCACCUCUACUCUCACAGUACAUCCGAGAAAAAGAGCACAUUCUUUUCGAUCAUAUGAAUUUGAACAAUCUUUUUUUCACCCCGACUCCGAAGGUCCGACGGCAGGGAGAAGUUGUGCAGAAGCUAGCGCACAUGAUUGGGAACAGCGUGAAGCUGUACGAUAUGGUGUUGCAGUUCUUAAGAACACUUUUUCUCAGAACUCGCAACGUUCACUAUUGCACACUGAGAGCUGAAUUAUUGAUGGCUUUGCAUGACUUAGAAGUUCAGGAUAUCAUUUCCGUUGAUCCAUGCCACAAAUUCACCUGGUGCUUAGAUGCUUGCAUCCGAGAGAAAAAUGUUGAUAUAAAGCGAUCUCGGGAAUUGCAAGGAUUCCUGGACAAUAUCAAACGCGGCCAGGAGCAAGUGCUCGGCGAUCUUUCCAUGACACUGUGCGAUCCUUAUGCAAUUAAUUUUCUAGCUACUUCGGCGGUUAAGAUACUGCAGCAUUUGAUAAACAACGAAGGUUUACCAAGGGAUAACACAAUUUUAAUAUUACUAUUACGAAUGUUGGCACUUGGUUUAUCUGCCUGGAUUAUGAUUGACUCGCAGGAUUUUAAAGAACCUAAAUUGGACAGUCAAGUUGUGACAAAGUUCUUGCCUGCUCUGAUGUCGCUAAUGGUUGACGAUCAAGUGCGCAAUUUACACUCCAAACUGCCACCGGACGAACGCGAAAGUGCUAUAACCACGAUUGAACAUUCGGGACCCGCCCCGGACGCAGUUGAAGCGUACAUCCAGGAAAGCUCUGUUGCUUCUAUUCUUGCGAUGUAUUACACGCUGCAUACAUCUCGCCAGAAGGAUCGUGUUGGAAUUUUGCGAGUCAUGGCAAUUUUGGCAUCCUGCAAGGAUGAUCGGGCCUAUGAAGAUCCGUUCCUGCAUUCGCUAAUUGCUCUACUGAUUCCAAUGUCCGAAGAAUUCGCUAACGAGGACUUUUGCACCGGUUUGUUCGAUGAGUUUUUGUUCGCUGGCCUCACGCGGGAUAACGUUACGCGACACAUGCUUAAAUUGCUUUGGUACGUACACCAAAAGUUGCCGCAGGGUCGUUUGCAGACAUUGCUGAAAGCUCUGCAGCCGAACGCUCAGCAUCACGAAAACGUCCAUAAGCUGUACGAGAAUCUGCAGAAACGUGUGAUCGCUGCUCACCACGAACCGGUGCCGGAGCCGAUGGAAACCGAUUUCGACUCACCACUAAAAAGUGUGCCCACACCAGGACCACAUUAUGUUUAGGAUGAAAAGUAUUCGACUUUAUGGAUAAAUAUGUUAAGCGUUUUAAAGUUCAAUAAAGUAAUAGCACAGCGUUGCAA